GACGGUCCCCGCGCAGGAGGCCCGGCGAUGUCCGUGAACCCGGGGGCAGAGUUCAAGUCACCUCGAACCGCUCGGGGAACGGGCUUUUCCCCUUGGGCACCGUGACCGUUCUCCGUGUCUCUCGCCUUUAGAAAGUUACUCUGACACUUUUGAUCAUCCGUCCAGAGAAGGAAAAAUAAAGAGACAGCGUGGUAUGUCCCCGGGCGAGGGGCGCAAGGGGAUCCGGUCAAGUGGAGCGAGCCCGCUGUAGGCGAGGCGGCGAGUCCAGCCAUUGACAAUUCAGCCCCGGAAAGGGUUAACUGCAUCCUGCCGGUUCGGUUUACAUGUAAAUAGAGAGCAGCUGCUCCGCGCGGGCCCCGGCUGGCCCUUUUAAGUUUUUGAUUGGUUGCCAAUGACAUCACCGCCCGUGUUAUAACACCAGGGACCCAGCGCGGCGUCCCAUCAACCCUCCUUAAAGAGACGAAGCCACGCCCCCGGCUCCUCCUCCUCCGGCCGCCCAUUGGCCGCGGGCUGCUGUGAGGUAGCGGUCCGCGUUCUCCGGAUUCCUAUUGGCCGAACGCGCCGUCGGUCGGCAGCCGGCCCGCCCCCUCAGAACCUUACAUUUACAGUGUGGCAAAAGAGAAAGUAACUAUGUUGCUGCUGGAGAUCAAUGAAGCCCGGUGAAUGGGGGCUGAAUGUGCGAACCCGUACUGAAGCGGAGCGCCAGAUGGUGGAGGGCCACGCUUACUUGUGAAACUGUCUUGAGUUCUUCUUGAAUUGCCAGUUUUCGGCCUCCUCAUGCCUCCAUCUCCUUUAGACGACAGGGUAGUAGUAGCGCUGUCUAGGCCCGUCCGGCCUCAAGAUCUCAACCUUUGUUUAGACUCUAGCUACCUUGGCUCUGCCGCCCCAGGCAGUAACAGCCACCCGUCUGUCAUCGCCACCACCGUCGUGUCCCUAAAGGCUGCGAAUCUGACGUAUAUGCCCUCAUCCAGCGGCUCUGCCCGCUCCCUUAAUUGUGGGUGCAGCAGUGCCAGCUGCUGCACUGUGGCCACCUACGACAAGGACAACCAGGCCCAAACCCAAGCCAUCGCCGCCGGCUCCGCCAACACCGCCCUCGGACCCUCCACCACCUGCCCUGCCACCCAGAUGGUCAACAACAAUGAGAACGCAGGCUCUUUAAGUCCCUCGGGUGGGGUGGGCAGCCCCAUGUCGGGGACCCCCAAGCAGCUAGCCAGCAUCAAAAUCAUCUACCCCAACGACCUGGCGAAGAAGAUGACCAAGUUCAGCAAGAGUCACCUGCCGCACCAGGGCCCCGUCAUCAUUGACUGCAGGCCCUUCAUGGAAUACAACAAGAGCCACAUCCAGGGAGCUGUCCACAUCAACUGUGCCGACAAGAUCAGCCGGCGCAGGCUGCAGCAGGGCAAGAUCGCCGUCCUGGACCUGAUCUCCUGUAGGGAAGGGAAGGACUCUUUCAAGAGGAUCUUUUCCAAAGAAAUUAUAGUCUACGAUGAGAACACCAAUGAGCCGAGCCGCGUGAUGCCCACCCAGCCACUCCACAUAGUCCUCGAGUCCCUGAAGAGAGAAGGCAAAGAACCCCUGGUGUUGAAAGGCGGACUCAGCAGUUUCAAGCAGAACCAUGAAAACCUCUGUGACAACUCCCUCCACCUGCAGGAGUGCAGGGAGGCGGGGGGCGGCGCGGCGGCGGCCCCCAGCCCGCUACCUCAGCCCGCCGCGGCCACCCCCGACAUCGAGAGCGCCGAGCUCACGCCCAUCCUGCCCUUCCUGUAUCUCGGCAACGAGCAGGACGCCCAGGACCUGGACGCCAUGCAGCGGCUGAACAUCGGCUACGUCAUCAACGUCACCACGCACCUGCCCCUCUUCCACUACGAGAAAGGCCUGUUCAGCUACAAGCGGCUGCCGGCCACCGACAGCAACAAGCAGAACCUGCGCCAGUACUUCGAGGAGGCCUUCGAGUUCAUUGAGGAAGCUCACCAGUGUGGGAAGGGCCUCCUCAUCCACUGUCAGGCUGGGGUGUCUCGCUCGGCCACCAUCGUCAUCGCUUACCUGAUGAAGCACACUCGGAUGACCAUGACUGACGCUUAUAAAUUUGUCAAAGGCAAACGACCAAUUAUUUCUCCGAACCUCAACUUCAUGGGGCAGUUGCUAGAGUUUGAGGAAGACCUAAAUAACGGUGUGACACCGCGAAUCCUUACACCAAAGCUGAUGGGCGUGGAGACAGUCGUGUGAUGCCGUCUGCCUGGGAAGGAUUCUCGUUCUCCAUUCGGAGGCAAAGAGGAAGGAGAACGGAUUCUUUCUUUCUUUUCUUCUUCUUUUUUUUUUUUUAGAUGGGGUAAAGUUUGUGAAUGGAAACAAACUCAUUUAAAAACUUUUUUAUUUUUAACAAGUGUGAGAAGAAUUUAACUUUUGAUGCCCAUUGAGAUUUACUUCCCACGAACUGAAAAAUCAGGGAGGCUGAGGAAAUCGUUUUUUUUUUUUUAAGCCAACAAUAAACGUAUGAUAAAACUGGCCUUUCUUCCCCUUUUCCUUGGAAGCUAUUUGUAGAGUUUAUGAUGAAAUAGUCUGUGCAGGACCAUAGACCGAAGAUACUACACUUUAAACCGAUUGAAAAAAGAACCAAAAGUAAGUAGAAAAGACAUUGAGUCGCGAAGACCUGCGAUCCGCCCGGGCCGUCCACACGGAGAGCGGACACCUGACCACACCAAGCCCUGUCGGGUUCCCGGCUGCAGAGAGAGGAUCAGGGCUAAAUGGUCUCAGAUGCUUCACGUUCUCGAGAGAGACAACGGAUACUGUUGAUUUUGUGUGUUUUUACUCUGAAUUAUUACAUUUUUUUUUCCCCUCUCUGGGUUUAAGAGAUUUUUUUUUUUUUGAAAUAGCAAGGUACCGACCAUUCUACCACAUGCCUUCGCGGGCUUCUUACAAUAAUCUGGUGUUUCGGGCGUGCAAGCGAGUUAGAGCUGGCAGCCGAAGGACACACAGUGCCCAUUUGCCAGCUUGGAGCUAGAAAGGAAUUAAAACCAGUUACUUUUCCUUCCCGCCUUUUUCCUUUGUUUAUUUUUUUGGGGGUGGUGGGGGGAGAUUUGAUUCUGGUUACAGUGCCAUAAACCUUGUUACAUAUGUAUAUCAGAAUGUAAAAAAAAGACAAAAAUUUAUUUAAAAAUAUUUUUCGCAAAAAAAACAAAAACAAAAACAAAAACUGGGUGUGUUUCUGUUGAUUGUGUAAAAAUUUAUUUUCAUUAUAUAAAUGAAACU